CUAGCACUGGUAUAGACCCAGUUGCCAAUCAGGAUCAAGCAUUUGGUAUUCUUAGAGGCCAGGCUGGUAUAGAUGCUCUUCGGGGACGCACUAUGGCACAGAUGAAUACUAGUAAUAGCUUUAGAAAUUCUUCAAUUGCCCAUGACUAUGCAAAUAUUGCUAGUAAUAAUGCAGUAACCCUCAGGGGUGAACCUAUAGGAGACUUUUACUCAAAACUUUUAAAAUAUGGAAAAAUGCUUAAUCUUAAUGAGCAACAGAUUAAGAGACAAUUUCUAAAAGGUUUGUUUCCAGACUUGGAAGAUGAUACGGAAUGCAUUGGUACUGAGCAACCAUUAGCUGAUCUUUUUGAAAUUUUAGAGCGAAUUGAAAUGUAA